AAUAUUCAGAAUCAUUUAAAGAAUCAUCAAGAAAAAUAUAUAAAACCAGCAAUAAUUGUAGACUGAAAAGAAAAGAACAGAAAAUAUAUUCUAAAAGAAACCCUGAAGAAAAAUUAAAAAAAAUCGAAAAUUUACCAAGAAACAAUACUGUUCAAGGUGCAAAAGAACACAAAAACAAGAAGAAUUUGGAUAUACUUCUAUAG